UGACUAGAAGCAGCAGCAGAGGAGGGGGCUUGGUGGUGCUUGGGGUCCAGUGAGAAGGGUAAUUUGGGGCGUCCAGAGUGAGGUGUUCCACCAGCAGUUGUCACUUCGGCAGUCGAUGGUGGGUGGAGUGGCACAUGUGCUGCUCUAAGCUGGACUUUCUUUCUAUUCAGGACUUUGUAUACCUCUGCAAUCUUUGACUUGGACUACUUUGGAACUAUUGACCUCAACAUUGUGUUUUGUUUUCUGCUGUGUCAUAGAACUUCCAAAACAACUUUUUGGCACCAAAAAUCUUCGCUGAAGCUGCCCAGCUGAGGUGAAGGGGAGGGCAGAAGAUCCUAGUUCAGCUUGAGUGUGGAUGACCUGCCCCCAGAAACAGGACCAUGAUCUGAAAAGCGUGCUGUACACAGAGCCCCGUUCUUCCUUUCUUCCUUCUCCCUCUUUUUUUGUUUUUGUUUUUUUUCUAUCUUGCUGGUGAAAGCCUCCCUGCCCGGGUGCUUCAAACAGGGUCAGUGUGCACAGCGAGGGCAAACUGAAAGCGAAUAGAGAUUCAAAGAGGAGGAAAAGUAACAGCAGCCAUCCGUGACCUCACAUCUUGUCACUUUCCCCUGAUCCUCCCACUGCAACACCAGAACCAUGGGGAGGAAAAAGAUCCAGAUUCAGAGGAUCACUGACGAACGCAACAAACAGGUGACGUUCACCAAGAGGAAGUUUGGUUUGAUGAAGAAGGCCUACGAGCUGAGCGUCCUGUGCGACUGCGAGAUCGCUCUCAUCAUCUUUAACCACUCCAACAAGCUGUUCCAGUAUGCCAGCACUGACAUGGACAAGGUCUUGCUGAAGUACACCGAGUACAACGAGCCACACGAGAGCCGGACUAACGCUGACAUUAUCGAGACGUUGCGAAAGAAAGGCUUUAACGGUUGCAACAGCCCUGAGCCCGACGGCGACGACUCCAUCGACCAAAGCCCGCUAAAUGACCGCAAGACCGAGGACCUGGACAGCCUCUUCAAGCGCUACGGCGUGAGUACAAUCACAUUUUUGUCACCUUAUCUAACCUACCCUUUCUUUUCUUCUUCUCCCUUUUUUCUCUACUUUCCUCUCUCUCUCUUUCUCUCUCUCUCUCUCUCUCUUUCUCUCUCCCUGUCUACCUUCUCUUCUUUUGUUUGGGGAACGAAGGCUCUGAACAAGAAAGAGCACCGGGACUCUGAGAGCCCAGACCCCGAGGAGCCCUUCUCCCUCACCCCCCGCACUGAAGAGAAAUACAAAAAAAUUGACGAGGAGUUUGAUAAAAUGAUGCAGAACUAUAGGCUGUCAUCUACAGUCCCUCAGCCCACCUUCUCCAUGCCAGUCACCGUGCCAGUAUCCAACCAGAACGCAGCGGCAGCGGCGGCCCUUCAGUUCAGUAACAACCCUUCCGGCGCCCUGGUCACCACCACCUCCUUUGUCACCUCCACCCUCACAGAUCCCCGGCUCCUUUCCCCACAGCAACCCGCUCUGCAGAGAAACACCGUGUCGCCAGGGUUACCACAGCGGCCAGCCAGUGCAGGUGCUCUGUUAGGGGGAGACUUGGGGAACUCUAAUGGAGCGUGCCCGAGUCCAGUCCCUAAUGGCUACAUCAGUGCCAGGGCCUCCCCAGGCCUCCUCUCUGUAUCCAAUGGCAACAGCCUGGGGAAAGUAGUCCCGGCUAAGUCUCCACCUCCACCCAGCCCUCAGAUGGUCAACAGCCGUAAGCCGGACCUGAGGGUCAUCACCUCACAGAGUGGCAAGAGCCUCAUGCAGCUGACUGAGGAAGAGCUGGAGUUGGUGAGUGAGAAUGCUCAACGGCUAGGCGGCUCCCAGGUGGCACAGCCACUCACCACACCAGUGGUCUCCGUGGCAACACCCAGUCUCCUAGCGCCCUUCUCCGGCAUGCAGACGGCCUACAACACUGAGUACCAGCUGACGAGCGCAGAUCUCACAGCGCUCCAGACGUUCACGCCACCGGGGCUGGUGCCUGGCAACAUGGCUGCUUGGCAACAGCAACAGCAACCAGCAGUCUCUCAGCAGCAACAACAGCAACAGCAGCAACAGCAACAGCAACUGAGCUUGGCAUCACUCAGCAACUUGGUGCAAGUGGGAGUACAGGGUGCCGCGUUGACAGUCAACACAAACCCCAACGUCAAUAUCAAGUCCGAACCCGUCUCACCAAACCGUGACCGCAGCACUCCCAGCUCCACCAGCGGGGUUGCUGGAGGUGGAGUGGGCCAGAGUCAACUCCAGGGACAAGGUCUGGUGUCCAUCGCCUACCCUAGUACUCUGCGUCUUGAAGCGGGAGGCCAAGGCCGCUCACCUGUUGACAGUCUCAGCAGCAACGGCAGCUCAUAUGAAGGCAGCGACCGAGACGAUGGCACCCAGGGUCGAGGCGGGGGUCUGGAUUUUCACCACCAGGUCGGCGCCGGAGCCCAGCAGCCCACCAUGGUCCUUCUGCGGCCCUCAUCAGCAGAGCCUCAAGAACAGGAUGGGACCAACGUCAAGAGAAUGAGGCUGGACACCUGGGUCACAUAAACGGAUCGAUGGACAGAUGGAGGAUGGAGAUGUGUACUUGUGGAUUGUGUACAUGCCCCACCAGCUCCAGCAGCCCCAAUAUCCACAUUGCAUACGCACAGACAAAAUCCACCCACCACCAAUCCAGUAACCUGCUGUCUACACAGUAAACCUCACAUGGAUACAUACACAACACAAGCAUGCUAACAUACUCGCACAUGUGGACACUCACUCGUAUGGCGAUGUGCAUUCACGUUUGAACUGUAAUGUAUUCUACACCAAACCCAAUAAGACCAGGAAUUAUUUAUCAAAAAAAAAAAAAGACCAUGCUGCACAUCAUUCAGCUGGAUUCGGAUAGAAGUGAAUGAGUUUGUAAUCAGGCUACAGUGGUUAGGAACUGUGGCCUGAUUAAAUUUGGCCACAUGGACUUCUUGACAGAUUCUGGAAAAGCAGACAAGCCAAACUUGGUUUCCCAGCAUGCCCCUGCCAUGAUUCACGGCUGGUGGCAAUCUCUCACCUUCAUAUCUUUACUGUCUGGUUAUCCACAGUAGGUUUUGAUCAAAUAUGACAGCGCUGUAUUAAAACGGUGCCACCACCGAGUCCACAUCGAUGUACACAUCCGCCCAUCCACAGUUGUGUUGCUAUCACUCUAGAUUUUUGUUUGUUUUCUAAGAGGAGCAGCUCUGCUCUUUUCUUUUUUCUUCUUCUUUUCUUUUCUUUUUUAAAGCGUGGAGUUUUGUCCCUCUGUCUUGACUGUUGACAUUUAGAGUUUGGAUUCAUUUUGAAUAUGAAGACACUAAAAGAAUAACUUGCCUCCCUUCUCAGUCAAGUCGGCGGCUCCAUCAACAUGGCCGGCAUUGGGUCCUGUACAAGAAUGGCGACCACCAGGGGUCUUUAUUUAAUCAGAACCACGCAGACCAGCUGUAAAACGAGGAACGCGAUUUGUUGCCGAGGUAAAAGACUGCUUUUCUUUGAAUCAGGGACGAGCUGCCACAGCUCAACGACACAUGACGCAGAUUCUCCUCGUUUCGCCCACAUCGUGUCAACUACAGAUGCUGAGAAAGGUGUGUGUUUGGUUUGUGUGUGUGCGUGUGUGUGUAUACGGGUUUGUUACCUCAACUGGUUGUGUUUUCUUUUUUGCUUUUUUUUUUUUUUAAAAAACCAAGUGAAUUUGGAUAAAUCUUCACUUUCAAUUUCAUCCUUGAACACACACCUGCAACGCACACAGGUGAAAUUAUUUUUGUGAGCAAUUCAUGUUUUGAAUAGAUAGCUGAUGUUCAAAGAGGAGAAUCGUGAGGUACCAUGUAUAUAAGCAAUCUGUAACCUUUGUGGCUUUUGUGUGACAGGGAUAAGGUUUUUUUUUUUUUCUUUUGAAGGUUAAAAAAAUAAAUCAUAUUCAAGUAUAUAUUUAAACAGCUUCAGGCGGUAGCAAGGGCAGCUCUGCAUUUGGGGCAAGAGACUACACCAGACGACAGGGAUUGUAUAUAUAAACUAUAUAUUCGGCAGGAUAUCCCUUAAGGAAGUGGAAAAAAACAAAAACAAACAAACAUUGAUUCUCAGUGGAUCUGUCUCUUUUAUAUUAUUAUUAUUUAUGUGUGUAUAUAAAGUGUAAUAUGUGGACGAGCCCAGAGAGGGUGUUGUAGAGGCAGGAAGGGAAGACGUAGCCGUGGUGACUCGGACUGUUUAGAGUGAGCAAUGAUUAGGACUCUGUCGAUGAUGGAGGGCACUUUACCUUAACUCCCACCUCUGACACGCACGCACAGCGCGCACACACCAGAGUUAGACUGAUGUAUUUGGCUGGAUAACAACCUAAAAAUGGCAGGUACAUGUAACAUAUUGCAAUUUUUAUUUAUUUCUCAAAAUUCUCUUUUGAUGUAGUUUAAUUUAAGUAAUUUACAAGCUACAGCAAGGGUCUCAGUGUGGUUGCCUGAUUGGAGUAAUUUAAUUAAUUAAAUUAAUAAUUCAAUAAUUGCAAGAUUCAAUAUAUUAAAUUAAUAGAUUGAAGCAGUCUUUUAAAGGAGACUUGUUAUUCCCAUUUCCAGCUCCAGAUUUUCAAACUUAAAGUUUAUCAGGGUAGCUUUGCAUGACUCACAGUUCAAAUAAAUCCUUGUAUAUCUUUUUUGAGGGGCCCUCAGUUUAUCAACUCUGUGAAAGCAGCCUUCCCUCUCCCUUUAAGCUUACUACUUUUUCUUUUCUAUUGUCCUGCCCCUCACAAGAAAAAGGCUUGGAAUAGCAGGUAGGUGGCCAUGGCCAGUGCUGUGUGUCUCAAAUGACUGCUGCAACUGGCUUUGUAAAGAACCAAGAGUAGAAAACAAAAAUCGAACAUUUAGGGCUGAAAGGAUUGGAUAUGUUUAGUAUGAGCUGCAUACAUUGGAUAGAAAGCAAGGAAAAGGAUGAUAAGUCCAAUUUAAGGAGUUGUUUACAAUUUUUUUUUUUUUUAAACAAAAGAGUUAUGUUGUAUAAAAAUUGGAAGAGAAAUUUUACUUGUAGCUGUGUAGCACUGUCUACAUCAAAUUCAGUUACAAAUUGUAAAUCUUUCAAAGUCAUUGCUGAUGUAGUUUCAUCUUUCAAACGAUUUUUUUAUGGAAGCAUUUAUUUGAAACCUGCUAAAAACUAAAGAUUAGUUAAAAAAAAAUGCCAUUCCUAUUGUAUCAUUUAGCUAAAUUAAACUUUUACUGGAAUUUUUCCUCGUGCAGCGACUGCCAAAUAUUGGGUAUUUUGUGCAACUUGAUGCAAAAGAUUAUUAUCCACUACCACCAUAUCAGUCAAACUCUAGAAUAAAUACAUAUAGAUAGUUUAUGAUUAAGCAAGCCAAGGAUUUCCCUGAUCCCUCUUUUUUUUGUCUCCUUUUAGAGGUUUACCUUUUCCUCCAAUUAAAAGCCAUGUUUCUAUAUUUAAAGGAUCUCUCCUUCGCCUGUCACUGGUUGGCUGCAGUUUUAUAUUAUGGAGAGUUUAAGAAGACUAUGAAGGAAAAGAGAAGUGAAGGAUGUAAUUUUUCUACUCUAUAAAGGUGGCAACGGUUGAUUUAGGGUUUUUCUUUUUCUUUUUAAACGUGGUGGUCAAAAGUGAAAAUUCAUGUAUUUAUUUUUCCUAAAAGCACUCUCAGCCUCCGUCCAUUUGCUUGUUAAAAGCACUGGCGUUUGGGUGUCGUUCGUCGCUAAGCCGGAGGUUUCAGAAUGACUCUUGAUCUUUUAAUGACUACCUCCCAAAUCCAACGCAGACUUGUCGACUUUAGGUUUUACCGCAUCCAGCCACCACAUCCUUCUCAUGGGCAGGCCCUCGUCACCUCUCUCUCACCCCUGUCACUCACUCGGGUUUUUUUUUCCCCCUCCUCUCUGGAAGCUUAAUCUCACACCCAGACAAACAAACACACGCACACAUUUCAUUACACACUCCUCUUCUGUUUACUCCGUCCAGAUAGCGGGUGUCAGCGCUGAAAUGACGAGUCAAAUUAUUUUGGGGUCAUUUCCAUGAGAAACACGACCACCACCAACCCCCCUCCCGACUCUAUUCGACUUGCAGCUUCAUCUCACACACUACUGCCAUCAUCCGCCCUUCAGUUCAUCAGUGAUUUCUCAUUUCCUUUUUCUCCGUCUGUCACUCACUCACACCCCCCCCCCACACACACACACACACACAAAUUCAUCCUCUGUGACAAGUCUGAGUGUCAAUAUUGCUUUUCUGAGUGCUUGGCAGAGUUAACAUAAAUCCCCAGAGUGUAAACACUUUGACUGUUAAGACUGUUGUGCCCUGAGCUUCGAACAAAAAAAGAAAAAAGAAACAAAAAAAGUCUGCAGGUUUUUAUGUUUCGUCCAAGAAAUGAGAUUGUUUGUGAGCAGGCAGGCGAGAGCCCUCGUGAAGCCCUAACAUGUUCUUUAGAACAACACUAGGGGUCGCUGUAAUCACACAACAGACAAUCGUGCUGAGAAGCCGUUCUAAGAACUUGCAUCCCCCCCUGAAAGAGAGAUAUAUGCUCCUGUACAAUGAUGUUUAGAAGUCUCACUCACUUUCCAGUGUUAAUUUGUGCUGGUGACAGUCUGUUUUUAAUUGUUCUCUGACAAUUGAUAUUAUUGUUAUUAUUAUUCUUAUCAUCAUUACCACAGCCACACUGAUAGUAGCUGUCAUGAUGAUAUAGGUUUCUGCAUUUUCUUUUAUUUUGUUGUUGUUUUUGUUUUUUGUUUUUUUUUUUGUGUAGGUUAGACCUCUUGUUUUCUUUGGAAUUUUAUUUUAUUAUAUAAGAAUAUUCUAUAAAUAUAUUUUUGUUUUCAUUUUUUGGGAUUUUUCUUUCUUCUUCAACAAGGGUGUUACUAAUGUUGCACGAUUUGUAUGACAUGUAACAAGCAACACACGAGUAGUGAUAUUAGUUUCCACGUGUGGCUGUGGAUGGAAUCGCCGAUUGAGUCGACAAAUCGCUUCAAUGCUGCAAAACUUCGAGUCCAAUGUACAAACCUCUGAGUCUAAAGGGGCAGCGUGACACGUCUAACUUAUUUCUGACCAGACACAAUUAUGUCAAUGCAUGGGCGUUUCAAAACAACAGAAGUGUGAAUCAUGUUAUAGGAAAUAAAAUGUAAUAUUGACACAAAAACACAUCACACAGGAUUACAUAAAAAAAAAAAAGUGAAAUCAAAGAAAAAAAAAGUUUAAAUAAAUUAUAGCUAAUAUAUUGUGUUCGGCUAGUCUGCUUUUUUGUUGUAAAGAUAAUUUUGUUUUUGUUUUUGGAGAAUGAUAUACAAUUUGUGUAUAUUUUCAUAAAUAAAGUAUGCACUGAUAUGUUAUUACAAAUUCUAUACUGCUUUUACAAAAAAAAGUGUUUGUUAUUGUACCAAAGUAUCCAUUGGUCCCCUCUUACCCUCCCCUUUUUGCGUAUGUUUUACCGUAUUUUAUAUAUUAAAUAGACAAGUUGACCUACAGAAAAAA